AUGGAUGUGGAUGUGAUUCUCUUCAACGCGCUGCUGGGGCGGCUCCCGUGGCACACGGCGGCCGUGGCCCUGGUGCGGGAGCGGGUGGAUAUGGUCAGCUUCAAUUCUGUCAUCGCCGGUGACACCAGCUGGGCUGUAGCGCUGAGUCUUUUCAGGAAGUCGCAGGAGCUUCGACUGCGCGGUGAUACCAUCACCACCAACACCUUGUUGGCAAAGGUCUCGUGGCAUCGGGGCCUGGUGCUCCUCGAGAGCAGCGGAGCCCAUCGACUGCGACGGAACAGGCUCUAUGUGGCGAUUGGCCUUGAGCAAGCUGAAGGCAAUGGUGAGUUUCAUGACAUGUUUUGA